AUGAGUAUGAGUGAUAUCGAAUAUAAAAUUGAUUUGAACAAAAUUGUAGAGUUGGUGCAUUCAUCAUCAUCAACAUCAUCAUCAUCAUCAUCAUCAUCAUCAUCAUCAUCAUCAUCAUCAUCAUCAUCAUCAUCAUCAUCAUCAUCAUCAUCAUCAUCAUCAUCAUCAUCAUCAUCAUCAUCAUCAUCAUCAUCAUCAUCAUCAUCAUCAUCAUCAUCAUCAUCAUCAUCAUCAUCAUCAUCAUCAUCAUCAUCAUCAUCAUCAUCAUCAUCAUCAUCAUCAUCAUCAUCAUCAUCAUCAUCAUCAUCAUCAUCAUCAUCAUCAUCAUCAUCAUCAUCAUCAUCAUCAUCAUCAUCAUCAUCAUCAUCAUCAUCAUCAUCAUCAUCAUCAUCAUCAUCAUCAUCAUCAUCAUCAUCAUCAUCAUCAUCAUCAUCAUCAUCAUCAUCAUCAUCAUCAUCAUCAUCAUCAUCAUCAUCAUCAUCAUCAUCAUCAUCAUCAUCAUCAUCAUCAUCAUCAUCAUCAUCAUCAUCAUCAUCAUCAUCAUCAUCAUCAUCAUCAUCAUCAUCAUCAUCAUCAUCAUCAUCAUCAUCAUCAUCAUCAUCAUCAUCAUCAUCAUCAUCAUCAUCAUCAUCAUCAUCAUCAUCAUCAUCAUCAUCAUCAUCAUCAUCAUCAUCAUCAUCAUCAUCAUCAUCAUCAUCAUCAUCAUCAUCAUCAUCAUCAUCAUCAUCAUCAUCAUCAUCAUCAUCAUCAUCAUCAUCAUCAUCAUCAUCAUCAUCAUCAUCAUCAUCAUCAUCAUCAUCAUCAUCAUCAUCAUCAUCAUCAUCAUCAUCAUCAUCAUCAUCAUCAUCAUCAUCAUCAUCAUCAUCAUCAUCAUCAUCAUCAUCAUCAUCAUCAUCAUCAUCAUCAUCAUCAUCAUCAUCAUCAUCAUCAUCAUCAUCAUCAUCAUCAUCAUCAUCAUCAUCAUCAUCAUCAUCAUCAUCAUCAUCAUCAUCAUCAUCAUCAUCAUCAUCAUCAUCAUCAUCAUCAUCAUCAUCAUCAUCAUCAUCAUCAUCAUCAUCAUCAUCAUCAUCAUCAUCAUCAUCAUCAUCAUCAUCAUCAUCAUCAUCAUCAUCAUCAUCAUCAUCAUCAUCAUCAUCAUCAUCAUCAUCAUCAUCAUCAUCAUCAUCAUCAUCAUCAUCAUCAUCAUCAUCAUCAUCAUCAUCAUCAUCAUCAUCAUCAUCAUCAUCAUCAUCAUCAUCAUCAUCAUCAUCAUCAUCAUCAUCAUCAUCAUCAUCAUCAUCAUCAUCAUCAUCAUCAUCAUCAUCAUCAUCAUCAUCAUCAUCAUCAUCAUCAUCAUCAUCAUCAUCAUCAUCAUCAUCAUCAUCAUCAUCAUCAUCAUCAUCAUCAUCAUCAUCAUCAUCAUCAUCAUCAUCAUCAUCAUCAUCAUCAUCAUCAUCAUCAUCAUCAUCAUCAUCAUCAUCAUCAUCAUCAUCAUCAUCAUCAUCAUCAUCAUCAUCAUCAUCAUCAUCAUCAUAUUCAUAUUCAUUUGAUAUUGUGAUUGAUAUUGAUUUAAUUAUUGCAUUGUUGAACGAUUAUAGAAUCUUGUAUGAUUAG